AUGUCGAACCCCGGAAAGAAAAAGGGGAGGUCCACCUCUUGUUAUCUCUGUCAAAAGAGAAAACAAAAGUGUGACCAACGACUCCCCUCGUGUACAAACUGUCUCAAGUCAAAAUCUGAAUGCAUCAAGCCAGAACGGUAUGGGGAGAACCAGCCAAGCAACUCUAACGACGAAUACACCAAGUUUUUGGAGAAAAAGAUCAGACAGUUGGAGAAAAUGUUGGACUUGAAGGUGAAGAACAAACUCAAUGAUGUGAAGUUGAACAACAGCAAACUGACCCAAAAUGACGAGAAAAUAUUGAACUAUAAGAAAAUAGGUAUGCACAUCGACUACAGCAAUGGUAGAAACAAUAACAGUGGCAACGCCGGCAGCCGAAACAGCAACGACAGUAGCAGCAGUGGGGCAGAUGAUAACGGCGAUAAUAAUAUUAAUGAGAUCUUCGAUAUAGUGAGUCAGAAUUUCGACACUUUUAUGAAUAUAAACACCUAUUCGUUCCAAAAUUCAAUAAUAUCGAAAUUCCAUUUACAAGAGAUGAUCAAAAUCGACCCCGUUUUGAAGAUCGAUAGCAAACUAUCGGAAAACUUGACUAGUUUAUAUUUCAAGAUGAUGCAAUAUAAGUUUCCCCUACUUGAUGAGGUGGAAAUCACAAACUUUAAUCGAAAUUACCAAAAUAACAAGGUUCUCCAGAACGAUCUAAAUAAUUGCUAUUUCCAAUGUUCGAGGCUUUUCUUCAUCUAUUCCUUGUCUGCCUUGCUAUUCAAAUCAACGGGAAAGUAUAAAGGCCCAAACCCCUUUAAUUUUUUUUCAGCUGGCUUGAGGUUCUUCAUUUUGUUGUCAAACAAUAUCAACCAAUUGGAUAAAAUUGAAUUGUUGAUUCUAAUGUGUAUGUUUUUGAUUCGAGCAGACAAAAAUUCAAACAAUAUCUAUCUCAUAAUCACAGAAAUCAUGAAUAACUGCAUCAAUUUGAACCUACAUAAAUCUUCAACUUACUUGAAUAUAAACCCCCUCGUGAAGGAUCUUAGAAUGAGGAAGUUUUGGUGCGCUUAUAUACUCGAGAGAUCGAUCUUGAUUACAAUUUCAAAACCUUUCAUUCUAUCCGAAUCCGAGAUUGACGACAACAUUCCUUUAUUUGACUAUGAGCCUUCGAAAUUCUCUAAAAAGGGGAAAGUGUUUUUCAUCAACCAGUCAAUCAAAAUCAAGCGAUUGGAAUCUAAAUUUUCUGAGGAUUUGUUACUACUGCUCCCUUCCAAAUCCAUAUCAAAGAACCAACUAGCAAAGGUCGAAUCCUAUUUCCAAGAAUUACAAAAUUGGAGAAUCGAAUGCAAAGGAUUCAAUAGCAAUGGUAUAGAAAAUCAAACCCUAUUGUUCUACUACUAUAAAGCGAUUAGAAAUUUGAUCCAACCUUAUCUUGAACUUUUGGAUCCAAACGAUAGGUUGUUCAAGGAAUGUCAGGCAGCUGCUGGUCAGAUAUGUCAAUCCAUUAAAAACUAUCAUUCAAAAACCUACCAUGGCUUUUCGAUACUUAACAUUCAUAUAGUUUUCAUUGCUGGGAUCACCUUGGUGUAUUGUCUUUGGUUACAAAGAAAUAGAGAUGAUAUGAGAAGAAAAUUACUGGGUGAUGAUAAGAAACAUACAAGACCAACAGUUAGUGAAGAUUUAUUUCGUGGCUUGGAUGACUUGCGAGCUUGCUCUAUCAGUUUGUACACAAUGAGUGAACGUACCAAAUUUGCCUUGUCCUUCCGUGAUAUAUUUGAAGAAAUCAUGAACGCAACAAUUGGUAAUUACAUCUUAAGAUGUGGUCCGGAUUCUUCGGAAAUCCUUUACAGAGGUUCAGGCUUACCUCCUGCGAUUUUCAGGAAACCACUCAAACAUUUUCAAAUUGAAUCGAACUAUUUGGACAAGUCCGACGAUGACAAACUAGAAGAUGAAGAGAGGUUAAGAAGGAGAGGCCACUUAAAAAGAUCAGCCAUACCUAAAGGUUUAUCACAUUUACUAUUACAUCCACCAGGGCUAGAGGACCUGAAGCAUGAUUCGAUGAGGGAUGAAAGCGUAAAUAGAGAUGAUUUGGCUUCUAGUUCAAAGUCAAAUUCUAGAAUCUUACCUCCUCCAAUCACUUUACCUAUACCAAAGCAACAGCGAUUAUCAACAUCUUUAACAUCAAAUGACUCCAAUCUGGCCAGAAAAUACUCACAGAUCCAUGAUGUCGCUGACGCAAAUUCAAGCUUGUUAUCAUCCAAUUCACCAAACAGCCGACAUGAUUUGCUAAAAACACCUUCUGUUUCUUCAGAUCUAUCGUCGACAUCCACAAUUUCAAAUAUUUAUAAGAAGUUUAAACCAUCACCUAGGAUCGAAUUACAACAAUUACAAGAGCAGCAACAUCAACAUCAACAGCUACAACGACAACAUAUGCAACAGGUAAAUCACGUACACCAAGUACAACAAGCACAACAAGUACACCAGCAACAACAGCAACAGCAGCAACAACAACAAAUACAACACCACUACUACAACCAGCAGGAUAACCCCGACAGUUUGAGUGGCUCAUUGCCGUUCGUUGGUGGUACCAAUGAAAUGAUCACAAAUAUAUCAACUUGGACUGAAGAGAGUGGUCAGCAAACAGGAUUACCCAAGGGUGAUUCCACAAAUUUAGACAUUAAUUUGGAUAUAAACAGUUUGCAACAGUUAACUAAUAACAAUUUCCAAGAUAGUUCAAUCCAAAAUACAAACUUAGACUCAAUACAGGGGAGUUCAUUACAGAAUGGGGUCACUGACACCUUUAAUUCUUUGUUUGAUGUUGUGGGUAACGACGAUUUUUGGGGAUUAUCAAGAGAUUUUGGGUUCAUGCCCUAG